GCGCAUGAGUAUGACGUCAUGCGGUCCGACCGUGCCGUGACCUGCUGCUCUGCUAUGCUAGGGUUUCGCACCAACAGAUUUUUCCGAAAAAAUACAGGAAAUAUCCAUUAUUUACGAAAUGUAUCGUAUAAAACGAUAAUGAUUUAGUCAUUAUAGAAUGUUCCCAGCGUGGCAGCAGUGACUCUCAUGAGCGGCGAUCAGUAUUUAGUUGCACAUGUUUAUAUUUUAAGUUUAUCUCAGCUAGCUGUUUAGCUAAAUUGAGCUUGUUGUCCAGCUAACAAAAAGUGUAACAAAAAUCAGGGCUGCAUGCCUGAAAGCUUGUGGACUUCGUCUCUAAAUAAGCACAGCCGAGGUAUCAAUUUCAUUGCAAAGCACUGACGUGUUUGCUUCCUGGCUUUAGCGGCACGCUGAUCCUCGUCAUCAUGGACUCCUGAAAUCUUCUGGCUUCAGCGACUCAUUAGGUCGCUUGCAGGUGUUUUGGUCCAGAGUUCACCGUUCGGCCUACAACCUGUCUUAAGUCCCAAACGGAGGGAGUGGUUGGGAACAGAUGGGGAGCAGUUGCUGUCACGCUGAGAGUCCCUGUACCAGUGUGGAGGAAAGAAGUGGUUUGCUGAAAGAUGACUCGAAAGCUACGGUGUCCACUGACAAAACAGCUGUUAUGGGUGCUUGUGGUCCUCAAGGAGUUGAUGACAUAAGGAAAACACCUGAUGUGGCCAAUGUAAAGGUGGAGGUAAAGGAUAUGGCUGUGAAGGUGAAGCAGCAUCCUGAGGUUGGAGAGACGGAGGCCAGUACCACUCAGGAGAAUGGACCCUCGCAGGAGGUGUUCGUACAUACGACAGCAUCAUCUCCCAGGAAAGGAUCUGAACCCAAGGAAAACCCCACUAGAGCACCAGAUCAAAAUCAGAAAGAAUGUCCUGCAGACGGUGGACAAGCCGAGCUUCUGCAGUGCACUUUAAACUCCUUGCAGAAAGAAAACACCACAGCUAACUGGGAAGGUGUUACAGCGACAAACACAGCACCAGAAAAAGAAAAUCCAGCCUCAGUGCAGGACAAAAUCCCUCAUAUCAGCCCACCAACGGCCCAGGCAGCUUGUCCUGAAAACACUGAGACAAAUGCAACAAGAGAGCACAUUACACGGACCAUCACUCCUGAUUUUGAUGGAGAAGCAGGCUCCAAGCUUGACAGCCAUGUAGUCGAGCCAUCAGAUGGGUUUUCUCAAAAUAGUGAAGCAUUAUCUGAGCCAGACACUCAGCUCAGUGCGGCAGCUUGUCGGUUGUCAUCCAUCUCUGUGGUCAGUCAGGAGAUUGACGUGUCUCCAAGCUGUGCUGAGGAUUCAGACAAUGGGAGCUCUUCAGUGUGCAAGGACGCCAGUCCUGAACUCAUAAAAAGCCACGAUGUCUCUGAGUCCUCUGCAUCGGAGCCCACAGGACUCGACCUCAGUGGUGAGGAACGAGACUCUGCCAGCUGUGCGGGGGAGCCAGAGACCACAGCUCUGACAGACGCCAGCGAGAGCUCAAAAUCUGAUCAGGACACAAACCCGAAUCUUGACUGUGCGACUAUGAUCUCGAACGAGCUCGCUUCUUUGGAGUGCGUCAAACAGGAUAUCGGCGAGGAGGUGAUGCUGGAAGGGCAAGAUAAAGACGAUGAUGUUCCCAAAGCGGAGGAGAACGAUGAGAUGGAGGAGAAGGGCGAAAAUGCUACCACCGAGGCAGAGACAGGGAAAGAUGCUGAGAUUAAGGAGGUAACUGGGCCAGAGGAGCAGCCAGCAGGGGGUUCAUCCGCUGGUGUAAAAGCCAAUGAGAUUCCUGUCACAGAGGAGGAAGACUCUUCUGCGGAUGACCUGGACAGCAGUGAGGAAGACCUGUACAGAGGAGCCGAGGAGCUGUCAGAAUCGCAAGAAAAUGAACCAGGACUGUCGCCUGUGUUAGACACUGCACUGUUAAAAGCGGAGGACAGAUGCAGUUUGGCCCCGGCGAUGGAUAUUCUGUCUUACAGUGAGAGAGAGUGGAAAGGAAAUACUGCCAAAAGUGCUCUCAUUAGAAAGGGUUAUAAAGAGAUGUCCCAGAGGUUUGGCAGCUUGAGGAGGGUGAGGGGGGACAACUACUGUGCCCUCAGAGCGACGCUGUUCCAGGUGUUCACCCACAGCACCCAGCUGCCCUCAUGGCUGCGGGAGGAGGACAUUUCUAUGCUGCCGAAGCAACUCGAAGAGCAGGAAGGUCUGAUAAGUCAGUGGACGUUUCCAGGAGAAUGCCUGCAGGGAGAUGGGACGGGAGAUGCCGUCCUGCAGCUAAAAGGCUACGCGGAGCUUCUCCAAAAUACGUGGCGGGCGGCGUUGGACUGCACCUCUGCGGUGGAGCGGCAGCAGUUGUGCGAGCGGGUGUUUCAGGGAGGAGAAGAGGAGCUGGGGCUGUUGGAGGCGCUCAAGCUGCUGAUGCUGGGCAGAGCGGUGGAGCUGCACAGCUGCAUGCAGGCCGGCGGAGACGUCCCGCUCUUCUGCUGGCUGCUGUUUGCUCGGGACUCAUCCGACUGCCCGCGCUCCUUCCUCUCCAACCACCUCAGCCACGUGGGCCUCAGCGCCGGGCUGGAGCAGGUGGAGAUGUUCCUGCUGGGCUACGCCUUGCAUUGCACCAUUCAAGUUUACAGACUGUACAAGGCUGACACGGAGGAGUUUGUCACCUACUACCCAGACGACCAUAAGGAUGACUGGCCAUCUGUGUGCCUCGUGACAGAAGAUGAUCGCCACUAUAAUGUGCCAGUAGAAGCUGCAGAACACAAGGAGCUCAGCUCGAGCUAAUCACCGCUGCAGAGACAUCUCCUGCCAUACCAACGAAAAACUCAGGUCAAUCAACGCCAAUUAAAGGAAUAGUUUGACAUUUUGGGAAAUAUUUUUCUGGUUGAUAUCACUCACUAAACAUGAAGCAACCGUUAGCAGCUUGUUGGCUUACCACAUAGACAGGAAGCAAGGGGGAACAUCUUGUCUGCCUCUGAUAUUAAGUAAUAAUAUCUGCCCUUCAGCACCUCUAAGGCUCAUUUAUUAGCAUGUUAUAGCCCCUUUUUAAUUUCAGCUGAACAAAAACUGAAAAACCGAUGACAUGUUGAGGUUUUACAGACAACUUCUUCACCACGAAUUUGAAGUAAAAAGAUAAAAUGUGCCAAUUAGCUUUGGAAGUACUGAUGGAAGGAUUUUAUUACCUUAGGACAGGCUAUCAGUUUCCCUCUUUCCAGUGUUUGUGCUAAGCUAAGCUAACUGGCUGCUGGUGUUAGCUUCAUAUUUAGUGUACAAACAUGAGAGUGUUGUCAGUCUUCAUCUCUAACUCGCAGGGAGAAAACCAAGAAGUGUGUUACCCAAAAUGUAUGUUUCUUUAAAAUUAUGCUGAUUUGAGACCCUGUACAAGAUGUGCUUUACACACUUUUGUACACACUGUACUGUACAAUAUUUUCUAUUUGAGUGUGUGUACAUAUAUGUUGCAAGCUUUUACGUUUGCACCGUAAAAUCCUGAUAAAAACGCAAUGGGAGCUGCUAGCAGCGGCAAAAUGAUUAGAUGGUUGGGUGUUAACACUGGAAUCACUUUGAUUUGUGUAUUAAUUUAUUCUUUCUCAUUCGUACAUGAAACGACUGAAUUAGUUAAUGAAAGGGUUUGAUUAUUUAUCAGGUUUAACAACAGCUCACACCAGAUGAUGAUCAGAGGGAGCCUGUGUGAAGAGGAUGUGUGAUGAUCUGUUUGUCUGCAACUGUGUGUGUCUGUGUGUGUGUGUGUCAAACUUGAUGUGUAACAUGUUGCCUUUAACCAAGCAGUUCUGACAGGGGGGUGUUUGCUGCAAAUGCUGGCAACAGUGCCAACCACUGGAUUCAGUAGUAAAUUGCUCGCUUGGUCCUCCAUGUUGCCUUAGAAAUCCUGCACAAUAAGAAUGAAUGUUGGUUAUUAGUGAUAAGAGGCCAUUUCUUUGCCCUUAUUCCAGAGUAUGUGAAGGUGACACAUUAACAGAAAAACAUUUACAGGAAUGUUCUUACACUGUCAAGAUUUUUGAGUGGCAUUUAGAUAAAAAAAAGUAAUUUUUUUGUAAAAGUUCUUUGAUUAAUUAUUGAUCUUGAAAUGUUGACUUUUAUUAAUUUAAUGGGAAUUCUAAAUACUAUUUUGAACUGCUUUAGCAGUACGCUGCAGUAAAUGACACAAUGUGUGUGUUUGGGGUCUCAUAGAUCUCCCAUCUGCAAAACAUGGUUGAAUAUAAUGCAUUUUCUUAUGCUGUGUAUCUGUUGAGUUUUUAUUGUUUAUUUUGUUUUUUUGUUUGUUUGUUUUCUUACCUGCACUACCAUCCUGAAUAAAUCCAUCUAGAGUUCUUUUAUAAAGCAAAAGGUUUCCAAUAAAAUGCUUUUCUACAGGUUUGGAGUUUAAUAAGAUCAGGAAAGGUAA